AUGGUCUCUCAAACUCCCUUCCGCGCUGCGGAAUUCAAGAGCGCUUUCGGCCCCAAAUACGCUUUCCAGCCCAACUUCAAGGGCAUUAGCGUCCAGUCCGCUACCCGAUACGGCUUCCGAUCUGCCACUAUCGGUGCCGGCCUCGGUAUGGCUCUGGUCCUCUUCGCCUCCAGCCUUCCUCGUUUCCGUGCCGACGUCCUCUCAAAAAUCCCUAUUAUCGGCAGCACCUGGGAGAAGAAGGAGAUUCACCCUGCUGACAACCCUUUCUAA